AUGUCACCACUGAUGGCAGAAAGGAUGGACAGUAUGGACUGCAGAAAUGAGAGAGUGAUGGGUAUAACGUUAACUAUAGAACAGACAAAAAUUAGCAUUAUCCAAACAUAUGCUCCACAACAGGGCAGAAGUCUGAGGGAGAAAGAGCAGUUUUAUGAAACUCUACAGGAAAUGACAGAAACAAUAAGACAUCACGAGAAUGUCAUUGUCAUGGGAGACAUGAAUGGACAUGUCGGACAGAAUAGAAAUGGAGUAGAGCACGUCAUCGGAGAGUUUAGCAUUGGCGAAAGGAACCAGGAGGGAGAAAGAUUAAUAGAUUAUUGUGUGAUGAAUAACAUGUCCAUUAUGAAUACUUAUUAUAAACAUCAGGAGAGCCAUAAAUGGACAUGGUAUCGGUGGAAUGCAGCACAACAAGGAUAUACUGAGAGGUCAAUGAUUGACCUGUUUCUCACCAACAAGAAAAACAUAUUUAAAGAUGUUAGGACCAUACCAUCUGUGUCCUUAGACUCUGACCACAGGUUGGUGGUGGCUAAAUUAAAAAUUGUAAAACCAAAGGAAAAAGUCAAGAAAAAGCAAAAGAGAUUCAAACUGGAAAACCUCAAGGACGAAGAGAAGAAGCAAGCACUACGGCAACUGGGAGAACAAGGAGAGAACCCAAAUGAGAUCAGUAUAGAGGAAGUGAAGGAGGCACUAAAGAAGAUGAGAAGCGGCAAAGCCCCGGGGGACGACGAGCUCCCUAUAGAGCUAUUUAAAGCUGCUGGGGAAGAAUGUAGCUAUGGGGUUCCGCCAGGCUUCGGAGCCCUUAACAGCUUCACUGAUCCGGAGUCUUCCUGCUCUUUCGGGUUCUCUAUCCCGUUGGAGUGGGGGCCGUCGGGGUGA